GUGGCAUUGGUGUCGCCCAACAACGCAGACACCGGCAAACUAUUGCAUUAUGUGUUUUGCUUUCUAACCCCGUUUUACGUACCGCAGGGCGCACUCCUAUACGUUGCCAUUACAUCCAAUUUAAUAAAGAUCUCAUCGGUGGCGGGCAUUCCGAGGGUCUCUUUCUUUGAUUGGAAUCAAAAUAUAGUCAUUUGUUUCAUUGCGCUUUUGUUUCAUUUGAUAUUAUACUCAAUAUUGUUAACAAUUGUGGAUAAACUGAAAUCUGGCGAAAGUAUGUCGAGUGCGUUGGGGUUCGACAGACGGCCGGCCCAUACAAUGUCUAUGCCGUCCGAACUCGAGGACGAAGACGUUCGCCACGAGAGGGUUGAGGUCCAGAAGUUUAUGACUGAUAGCCACCCGAAUAAGCAACCAAUAGUAGUGUUGAAUGAAUUGCAUAAGAAAUACUCGACACCUAAUCCUUACGCGUGUCUCAAGAAAGACAAGAAACGGGCGAAGACUGCCGUUCAG